AUGGAUGGCAAGCGCCCAGCGAUCGAUGACACUAGCUGUGGCUAUCCUGGCACAAUCAAACGACAACGAACUCUCCUUGACAACUGGGAUAGCGAGACGCAACGUCCCAUCGAUGACAUACCGCCAGAGUACCACCGCUACACAAUCGCAUGGAUCUGCGCGUUGCCCACGGAGCUGGUAGCUGCAGAAGCUAUGCUAGAUGAGAAGCACGGCGUCUUCCCUUCUUACGCUUCCUACGGCAAUACCUACACUGUCGAUACCAAUACAUACACGCUAGGAAGCAUCGGGGGACAUAAUGUUGUCAUCACAUGCCUACCAGCGGACCAAUAUGGCACGAACAAUGCGGCCAACGUGGUAACCAACUUGAUCCGCACCUUUCCGUCAACUCGGCUAGCAUUGAUGGUAGGCAUUGGAGGUGGUGUUCCGAGCAGUGCUAGGGAUAUACGGCUGGGUGAUGUUGUUGUUGGCACGAGAACGAUGCAAUAUGACUUGGGAAAGAUUGUGGCAGGUGCCGAGAUCCAACGAACGGCGAUUGCCAGGACCCUUCACCACUCUUUUGGCAAAGUCAUCACAGUCUUGCGGGCCAAACACGACCGAGAAUCGAGCCAUAUUUCCUUGAUUCUAAAGGAAAAGUUCCAAAAACUUCCGCACUACGGCCGUCCGAUAGAUCCUGAUCGCCUUUUCCUCUCAACGUACGACCACCCGGAGUCAGUAGCGUCAUGCGACGAUUGCGAUGAAACGAAACGUAUGCCUCGACGUGCACGAUCGGACAAUGACCCUGCCAUUCACUAUGGAGCGAUAGCAUCUGGCAACCAAGUCAUGAAGAACGCCACCGAAAGAGACAUUGCUGCUCGUACCCUAGACGUCGUAUGUUUUGAAAUGGAAGCGGCUGGCAUCAUGGAUAUUCUUCCUUGCCUACCAAUUCGUGGAAUCUGCGACUAUGCGGAUUCUCACAAGAAUAAGGCCUGGCAAAGGUACGCCGCAGCUGUAGCCGCAGCAUAUGCUAGAGAAUUACUCUCCGUACUCCCUUCGACGGACUCCGGGACACGAGCUGUCUCUCCCCUGCUUGACCAGCAUGAGAAACAGACCCAGCUGAUGGAGUUUCUGAGGUUUGAUCAAAUGGACUCCCGCCGAUUAACUGUGAAGAGAGCACACAACAAGACAUGCGCAUGGUUCAUCAAGCACCCAGAUUACUGCGCAUGGCUGAACGAAGAGAAGCUCAAACUACACCAUGGGUUUCUUUGGCUUCGUGGCAAGCCCGGCGCUGGAAAGUCGACUAUCAUGAAAUUCGCCUUGUCGAAAAUGCAAAAGGACCCUCAUUGGUCGCCGCUUGUAAUUUCGUUCUUCUUCAACGCCCGGGGCGAAUAUUUGGAAAGAUCAAUUGAAGGGAUGUAUCGCUCCUUGCUGUUCCAGCUGUUCCAGGGAUACCCUCAACUGCGAUCUGUACUUUGCGAUUUGUGUUCAACACAACAAGAGAAUGAAGGUUGUCCCAGCCUAGACACUCUCAAAGAUUUGUUCUCUAAAGCUGUCCUUGGAGUUGGCCAACUUCGACUUACUUGCUUCAUCGAUGCUCUGGAUGAAUGCGAUGAGCAACAAGUCACAGAUAUGGUCCGGGAAUUCGAAGACUUGGCUGAAGAAGCCUCAGCAGAAGAGAUUGCCUUUCGAAUCUGCUUUUCCAGUCGGCACUAUCCAUACAUAGUUGUCAAAGUGGGGAUAUCGAUGAUCCUCGAAAACCAGGAAGGUCACGCGCAGGACAUGGAAAAUUACGUCAAAAGCUGCCUACGAAUCGACGACCCUACUCUCGUCGAAUAUCUGCAACCGGAACUCCUCAAAAAGGCGAAGGGGGUGUUUCUCUGGCUGAUCCUAGUCGUUGAUAUGCUCAAUACCGAGUACUCGCAAGGUGGGCUGGCCUUGAAGAAAAGGCUUGUCGAGUUACCGAGCGAUCUGGGCGCCUUAUUCAAGGAUAUCCUUACGCGCGAUAGCAAGGACAUGGAGCGCCUCUUCUUGUGCGUCAUCUGGAUCCUUUGCGCCAAACGGCCUUUACGACCCUUGGAGCUUUUCCACGCACUCUGGUCUGGUCUAUCACAGUGCGGCCUCGUUGACGAAGAUCCCCCGGCAGUCACCAGCCCGAAAGACAAAGUUUGCGCCAAGAGAUGCGUGAUUAGUGCCUCCAAGGGGCUGGCAGAAAUCACCAAUUCUACGCAGCCAACAGUACAAUUCAUACACGAAUCUGUCAAAGACUAUCUUGUCAAAGCUGGCGGACUUACGGAACUCUGGCCUGAUCUAGGCUUCGAUUGGGAGCUCCUAGGUCAUGAGAAACUGAAGCUCUGCUGUAGCGCGUACAUAAAACAUCACUUUGGAGUCGCUUUCCGUCGUCCUUACAACGUACAUAAGGAAACAAAGCUCCCGUUCAUGGAGUAUGCAGCCCAGCAUGUGCUCCCCCAUGCCGAUGCUGCAGCCGCUGGCAUUUCUCAACGCCAAUUUUUGUCUGAAUUCCCAGUCCAAAAGUGGAUUUCGAUCUUUAAUCUCUUUGAGCAGUACAAGAUCCGUCACUAUACGCCUCAAGCGAGCCUAUACUACAUUUGCUCAGAAAUGGACUGUUCGAGGCUCAUUCCCAUGAUACAAGGCGGAGAUUGGCGACGUAGAUCUGAGGACCGGUACAACUACCCGCUCUUUGCUGCCCUGGCUCAAGGGAAUAGCAAAUCAGUCGCCGCCCUCUUGGGAACAUCCUCCGUCAUCUACAAUGGAACGAACAUCAUAGAAGGCUUAACACGCAGAAGGGACUUUUCAGACUUCAAGCAGCGAACACCGUUAUCUUGGGCAGCUCAGAACGGUCGGCUCGGAAUGGUCGAGCUUCUUCUGCGAGCCGGGUAUAAUGUGAGCGAAUGUGACCAUGGAGGACUCACACCACUGCACCGGGCUGCUGAGCAAGGCCAUGAAGCGAUUGUAAAGAUUCUCAUAGAGACUGGAGCAAGUGUCAACGUCGAGACCAUGAACAAAGGUCUACGUACACCCCUUUCAUAUGCUGCCAUGCAUGGCCGGGAAGCGAUAGUGAAGCUUCUCCUUCAGAACAAAGCGAAUGUCAAUGCCAGGAGAGAAAAUUCAUCCACAGUCUUGUACGAAGCUUCUAAAGUGGGCAGGUACACAGUUGACCCGUCAGAAGCAAUCGUUAAGCUGCUCAUUGAGAAUGGAGCGGAUGUUAACUCCAAGCACAUGAAUGGCGAUGCACCGUUACAUUCAGCUUCUGGAGCUGGCGAUGUGAGGAUCACCCGGCUUCUCGUCGAGAAUGGUGCUGAUGUCAAUGCUGUCAACGGAGGUACAAUGACAGCACUACAUCACGCCUGCAUCAGGACCAGGAUAGAGGGUGACACGUCUGUCAAGGCAAGAAGCCGACCGCUCGGCCUGAUACCAGUCGAUAUGAAUGGUGGUCUCGAUACAGUACUCACCAAAGUCGAUCAGGUUAUCACGAAGCUUCUCGUUGACGAUGAACCGAAGGCCAAUCACAACACCCACGGAGGCAAUGCAGCAUUCAAACUUGUGCCAUCCUUCAGCUAUGAAGAGAUAAUUCGACUUCUCGUUGAGAAUGGGGCAUAUCGCAAACCAAGAGACCGCCGCCAAGGAGUGCCUGCGGAACCGUGGGUGAUGGGUCCCCACUAUGCUACUGCCAAAUUUCUCCUUGACAGCCAGGCGAAUCUCAACGUAUUGAACGUGAAUGGCAACACGCCGUUGGCGUUUGCUGUAUUCGGUCGAGAUAGGAAAAUCCUUCAGCUGCUCUUGGAACAUGGAGCAAAGGUUGACCUGUCAGGAGGCAGUAUCACGCCAUUGAUUUACGCAAUACGUCUUCGCAAGGAAGACAUGGUUGUGGAUCUCGUAAAGCAUGGUGCAGACGUGAAGUUCUCAGAUUACACUGGCAUGACGCCACUUACUGUAGCAAAGGAGGUCGGAUGCAGUGUCUGGCUGAUCAGGCUUCUCGAAAGGCUGAGCGGUAUCUGA